UCCUCACAGCCAUCGAGAGCAUGACAGUGCCGAGCCUCCACAGCACCGAGCUGGCUGCCCACAUGGUGGAUGUGCUCACAGCAGAGGCUCAUUUCCCUUCAGGGCAGGUGCGAAAGAUCGUGAAGGUGAUCUACAGCAGCCUGCCUUCCAUCACAGCCCAGCCGGCUCUAGAAAGCCUGGGCAGGGCCCUGCUCGUGCUGGCCAGCAAAUACCCCAGGGAGAUGGUUAGCAGCCUGCUGGGCUGCUCCCCCACCUGCACCAGUGUCACCAUCACCAUGUGGAGGGAAAUGCUCUCAGAGUCCCCGGCCGUGGAGAAGGUGCUGCAGGAGCUGCUCCGAGUGCUCACAAACCAUUCCCUGAGGCACACGUCCCCAUCCAUCGAGGACUGGCCACGUGUACUCGCCCUGGCUGCAGCAAGGAUCCUGCCUGAGAUAAUCCAGCUGCCUCUUGUCCUGAAGGAGGCUGAGGCCAUUUUCCCCCAGCUCUUCCUGGCUCUCCUCUUGCAAGUGUCCUUCACCAUGGAGCUGACACUGCAGGAGGUGGAAAUCUUCUGGGAGGUGCACCAGCAGCACCAUCUCACUCCCAUCAGGGCUGCGGUGCAGUCCUUGAAGGUGCUGCUCUGCGGCGUGGGCCUCCAGAAGCAGAUGGAGGCCAUCGAGGAGCAGGGUGGCUGGGACGCGCUUCUCAGCACUGUGACCCACCUGCAGGGGGUGCAGGUGGUGGCCAGGGUGAUGAGGGAGCUGCCAGGUGCUCUGCGUGACCCCAUCUUCCACCAGCUGGUUGAGCUGCUCAGCACCAAGUUCUGCUCCUGGGAGAUGGUGGCCAUGGUCUUCCUCGUUGAGAUGUUGGAGUGUGUGGACCUCAGCGAAGAGCUGCACCGCGUCGUGAGCCUCUUCAGCACCUACCUGCAGAGCCAGAGUGUGGGCACGCAGCAGCUGGUGCUCAGGGGCAUCCUGCAGCUCAGCAAGAGGCAGGACACGGCGAGGAAGAUGCUCGGCCUGCUGCCGUGCAUCACGGAGCAGCUGCAGGACGCAGACAGCGGUGCCCGUGCCAUGGCCCUGCCAGUGCUCAGCAGCCUGCUGCGGCUCCUGGAGAGGGGGAAGCUCAGCCUCGUGGCUCUGGAGCUGGCCAGCAAUCUCCCAGCGCUCUUUGAGGACGAGUCCGGCACGGUGCGUCAGCUCUCCAUCCACCUCUUCCUUGACACGCUGAGCUUUGUGGAGGGCAGAGAAAAGAGGAAGAUGCGGAAGGAGGUGUACAGGAGCCUGGUCCCGCUGUAUCUGCACCUGCACGAUGAGGAAGAGAGCGUGGCCAAGGCCUCCCAGAAAGCCUUCCUCGGUGCCGCACGGUUCCUGCACUGGAGGCGGCUGGAGCACCUGGCAGAGGUGGCACAGUUCUGGCAGAUCGGCGAGUGCAUGCUGGUGGAGAGGAGGAAGAGUGCAGCACAGGACUACCUGGGCCAGAGCCUGCUUUACCUGCAGAGCCCGCAGGAGCCCCUGCGGCGGGAGGCCGUGAGGUUCCUUGGUGAGCCACAGAACUGA